ACGAACAGAUCUCAUCGAAUGGCAUCGAGCACACUGGAUGAAUGAAUCAUUGGUUGGCAUUGGUAUCUUUUGACGAACUCACAAUUUUCGCUCUCUUGACACCAAAACAGCCAACGCAAAACUUAUCAGAAUUCAUUCAGCUAAUCUAGCUAGCAACCAAAGCAACUCCUUCCAUCACCACCAUGAAGAUCAUCUCCAAUAAUACUACCACUACCACACUCAGUCUCUUUCUGUUGAGUGCACUGAUGUUGUUGAGUCACACCAAUGCCUUUACUGCUUCUGUCAUUGCUCCAUCAUCAUCAUCCACGCGAACUCGAUUGCACGCUAGCACUAUCUAUUCCGAUUUUGGGGAUUCCUCUCGACGCAAUCGAUUCACUACGCGAGACGAACCACAACAAGACGAACCACAAGAUAUUCCCACAGCAGUACCACAACCACAAGCCCGCAGUCGUCUGAGCAAGAUGGACAUGCCACGCCAUGGACCCACCGCCCAAGAAAUUCAAAGUGCCAAGUUACUCAUGUCCAUGGAAAUGACCAUUGGAAGAGGAGCCAUGAUGGUCGCCGUGCUAUUGAUGGGAACCGAAUUGGUCACAGGGAUGAGUCUCCCAGAACAGGUCUCCCACUUGUUCUAGACUAACUACUCGAGUAAGACAAGGGGAAUCAACCAACAAUUAAGACAAGAACAAACCGAGGCUGAUGAACAUCAUACAGGUCAUAUCAAGCACAAAAAGCAGCCAUUGUAGUUUUAGAAAGGUACAAAAGAACAGAACAAACCCAAAUAUUGCGUACAAAGAACAGCAUGCCUUAAAAAAAUAAAGUAAACUAACCAACUAUCCAAGAUUUUG